AUGAAAACCAGGCGAAAACUGGCGGUGUGUUUUGCAGGCAGUGGGACGCGUGUGCUGCAAGGGAAGGGAAAGCGCCGGGCUCUCUUGGGCUGCGGGGCUUCUCCCCAGCGGAGGGAAGGGCGUUUGACUCGACACGCCGCCAACCAGGCUCCUGCCCGGGACAGACCGGGCCACUGGCAGCAGCUGUGGUGGCUGCAAGACGUGGCACGAGGAAGAGGCGUGCUACGGGUUGCUGCCGGCCGGGCGCUUCCCGUUAGCCAGCAACCAGUGGAGGCAACAGAUGAUGCCUUCUGGGACCAGUUCUGGGCAGACACUGCAACUUCAGUGCAGGAUGUUUUUGCCCUGGUACCAGCUGCAGAAAUCCGAGCAGUGAGGGAAGAAUCUCCUUCAAACUUGGCCACUCUGUGUUAUAAGGCUGUAGAGAAGCUGGUUCAGGGAGCAGAGAGUGGCUGCCACUCGGAGAAGGAGAAGCAAACCGUUCUGAACUGCAGCCGGCUCCUCACCCGCAUCCUGCCCUACAUAUUUGAGGACCCUGACUGGAGAGGCUUUUUCUGGUCGACUGUCCCUGGGGCUGGACGUGGAGCGGGUGAUGAAGAGGAUGAAAAUGCCCGGCCCUUGGCUGAGUCGUUGCUCCUGGCAAUUGCAGAUCUGCUCUUCUGUCCAGAUUUCACUGUCCAGAGCCACCGGAAGAGCACAGUGGACUCGGCAGAGGACAUCCACUCUAUUGACAGCUGUGAAUACAUUUGGGAGGCUGGGGUUGGCUUUGCUCACUCCCCCCAGCCCAACUACAACCAUGAUUUAAACCGGACAGAGCUGCUGAAACUCCUGCUGACAUGUUUCUCGGAGGCCAUGUAUCUCCCCCCCUCCUCGGACAGCAGCAAUGCCAACCCCUGGGUGCAGUUCUUUUGCUCCACAGAGAACAGGCAUGCCCUGCCGCUCUUCACCUCGCUCCUGAAUAUCGUCUGUGCCUAUGACCCAGUGGGCUACGGGAUCCCCUACAACCACCUGCUCUUCUCCGACUACCGGGAACCACUCGUGGAGGAGGCAGCCCAGGUGCUAAUAGUCACUUUGGACUAUGACACCUCCACCAGCUCAAGCCCUACAGUGGAUGGCACCACUACCAGCACUGCCAUGGAUGAUGUGGAUCCUCCAGGGCCAGAAAACCUGUUUGUGAAUUAUUUGUCUAGGAUACACCGAGAGGAGGACUUCCAGUUCAUCCUCAAAGGAGUGGCACGUCUGCUUUCGAACCCACUGGUCCAGACCUACCUGCCAAACUCAGCCAAGAAGAUCCAGUUCCAUCAGGAGCUCCUUGUUCUCUUCUGGAAACUCUGCGACUUCAAUAAGAAAUUCCUCUUCUUUGUGCUGAAGAGCAGCGAUGUCCUUGACAUCCUGGUUCCGAUCCUCUACUUUCUCAACGAUGCCAGAGCAGACCAGUCUCGAGUGGGACUGAUGCACAUCGGCGUCUUCAUCCUACUGCUGCUCAGCGGGGAGCGAAACUUCGGUGUCCGCCUGAACAAGCCUUACUCUGUGCGUGUGCCCAUGGACAUCCCUGUCUUCACAGGGACGCACGCAGACCUUCUCAUCAUAGUCUUUCACAAGAUCAUAACCAGUGGGCACCAGCGGCUGCAGCCCCUCUUUGACUGCCUGCUCCCCAGCAUCGUGAAUGUGUCUCCCUACUUGAAGUCUCUUUCCAUGGUUGCUGCCAACAAGCUGCUGCACCUCCUGGAGGCCUUUUCCACCACCUGGUUCCUCUUCUCCACAGUCCAGAACCAUCAUCUCGUGUUCUUCCUGCUGGAAGUUUUCAAUAACAUCAUCCAGUACCAGUUUGAUGGGAAUUCCAACCUGGUCUAUGCCAUUAUCCGUAAGCGGAACGUGUUCCAUCAGCUGGCCAACUUGCCCACGGAUGCUCAGACUAUCCAGAAAGCUCUGCAGCGCAAGAAGAAGACUCCAGAGCCCAUUUCUCGCACCAACUCCCAGGAUGGGCUCUCCAUGGAAGGGUCCCGCCCUGCUGCUCCCGCUGAGCCAGGGACACUGAAGACCAGUUUGGUGGCAACUCCAGGCAUUGACAAGCUUACAGAGAAAUCACAGGUGUCGGAAGAUGGGACCAUGCGCUCCCUAGAGCCAGAGUCUUCCCAGUCUCCUUCAGAGGGUAGCCCGGCUGCUGUCGUUAGUGAUACAGAGUCCUGGAGCGGGGAGGUAUCGCAGCCCAAACGGGACCGAAGGCGUCUGUCCAGUGCAUCCUUGAGUGGGCAGUGGACGCCGACUCCUGACUGGGUGCUGUCUUGGAAAUCAAAGCUGCCUCUGCAGACAAUCAUGCGGCUCUUACAGGUGCUGGUCCCCCAGGUGGAGAAGAUCUGCAUUGAUAAGGGCCUCACAGAUGAAUCUGAAAUCCUCAAGUUCUUGCAGCAUGGCACUCUAGUGGGAUUGUUACCUGUCCCUCACCCCAUCCUGAUCCGCAAGUACCAGGCUAACUCGGGCACUGCCAUGUGGUUCCGAACCUACAUGUGGGGAGUUAUUUAUUUAAGGAAUGUGGAUCCUCCCAUCUGGUAUGACACAGAUGUGAAGCUGUUUGAAAUUCAGCGAGUCUGAGAUGGAGAAGGCACUUACUUCUGCUUCGAGAGAAACACUGGAAAGAAGGACCUUGCUGUGUGCUGCUUCAUCACAGCUAUUCCUGCAUUUCAUAGCCAGCUGAGAGACCAAAUGGACAGUCGCUUCCAUUUACCUACCUGUCAUUUUAAGCUUUAAUCAGGUUCAGCUCAGAGAUACCAACCCGCCAGCCCACCUCCCUUCCUACCCCUCCCCCGGAAUCCGGAGUGAGAGAUGCCAAAGGAGUGCCCAUUGUGGUUGUUGCACUAGAAGCCAGAACGUUCCUAGCUCUUCUGUCAUUCUCUCACUCCUGGAUUCUGUCUGGACACAAAUCUGAAUCUGACCAGCUGGGGGCUCUGAUCUCCACUCCCUCACCCCCGUCAGAUUCACCAUUUAAGAGACUCGGAUGGUAAAGAGUUGAACUGGGUCUGUGAGGGAAGCUGCUGCUGCUGCAGGAUGUAGGUUUUUAAAAUUAUUUUAAAAAUAUAGAAAUUGUUGUUGUUCUUUUCCAAAGAAUUUAUUCCAAGGCUCCAUAAGGUUGCAGGUCACCUUGCUGCUGCCUCUCCUCACUGUACAUGGCAGAGCGGGAGGAUCUUUAUUGAACAGCUAUCUGAAAAGAGCAUGCUAAAGGGAAUCCUGUUUGUUAAUCCACUUCAUGUCUCUGUUUUGAGUCUCUCUUCCCUUCCCCUUCUAUGGUUGCAGUAGCCAGGGCUUCCAGACAGUGUCCAAAGCUCUGCCCUUACCCCUUCUUCGCCACUUUGUCACUCCUUGCUGUAGACUUUUGCAGACCAAGAAUAACGUUGUGCCCUUAGAAAUGGGGUCUUUAAAUGACCAGGGUAUUUGUAUCUAAAGCCACUUUGAAUGGACUACUCAGCGGAAGGGGAUCAGUGCAAAGGCUGGGAGGAAAGAGCUUGAGGUAUCAUCAAGCUCUUCCUUGCAAGGAGAAGGGAACAGUUUGUGUUUCUCUCAGUCAGCCUUCUCCAGCUGACUAAAAGGAGCAUUGUCUGGCUUGGGAAGAAGCUAUAUCCCAUCCCCCCUUUUUAUGGAGCACAUUGUCAUGUCCUGUGGUGCAAUGGUGAAAGGAAUUGAUUGUGUGCUGCUUUUUCAGGACAAGGAGUUAAAGGAAGGUCUUAGAGAAGUCUUAUGAAGCAUGUUGAAGGUAGCAGGAGAAAAGCAGCUAGGGACCAGUGGUCGGAGUGGCUGCUGUGGUAAAGUUGGAUCCUUCAAGUAGAUCUUGGUGGCUUCUGGGUUGACAAAGCAAGACUAUUGGAUCCCAGGCAUGGCACAGCUAGGAACCUGUAGUUUGUAGGGAGGCCGCGAGAUCACCUGCCUCAGUCAUAAGAGAUUGUGAUGCUGAGCCUGAUGCCGCAGUGGAGGGUUGCAGUUCUGGAGAGGAGGGUGGGAGCCACAGGUGUUUCUGUUCCACUGGGAGGGUAUUCCUGUUGUAGGCCAGCUGUCUUGGACCACACAAUGAGAGGGAUCCUCUCACGGACCAAGUCCUAAUUCUCCUGCUGCUUAGUCAUUAGUGUUUUCUUUCUGCCGAUGGCCCAGGACAGCCACUAAUGAGCCUUAGCUUAGCACCACUGCUCUAGAUAGCUCCAUGUAAACUAGUCUCCCUACCUGUAUGCAGGGGAAAGAUGUGUAAUGGGACAGCCACUUCGUAAUUCUUCCUCUUGCAGGGAGGUCCAUGCUGUGGUAUGGGCAGCCACCAUGUAGGAGUCUCUUUCUGGUUUAGUAUGAGUAGCUCACUGAUCUAGUUUCUAAGCAGUCUCACCUUCUGUGGGGCUGGAACUGGACUAAAGCCCCCAGCCCAAUUCAGUAUGAUGAAUAGCCUGGUGUAUCCUCGAAGGACAAGGAGUAGAUGAAGGGAGCCUUUUUUCUCUCCACCCCCAAUGCAUCUUGUCACCCCCCUCUCUGCCAUCUGUAUAAAGAUAGUUCAGAUUGAAGUCUAUAUUUUGCUUGGACUAUCUCUCGACUGAAGAAUGUGAUUGGUGAAGCCCUGAGGGUGGGCCAACCUUUGAUUGUUUCGCACUUGCACCUCACAGCUGGAGAAGGGGCUUCUAGUGUCCCAGAUGCUUGCUUCUCCCCUCCCCACCAUGCACACUGGUUUUGUGGUAUCUUCCAUCCUUUCAUUUUGCUUUGUGUAUCUUAUGUUCCUUUGUGAGUUCCUCUGCAUUUUUAUGUUCCUUGGUGUUUCAAGUCCAGUCUGUGUCCCCCGAAAAUCAAAUUGCACUGUAAACUAUUUGCUUACCUACAGAGAGAUAAAAAUUAUCUUAAACAUGG